GUAACACUGCCGGUUCAGCUGCGCGGGCUUUGAUGUUAGUUAUGAUUAUUUGCUGUGCAAAAGAUGAAUGAAAAUGAGCCGGAAACGAAAAUUCCUGCGCCUACAAGUGCAGCUUCGGGUCAAAUACAGGCUAUAGCCAAGGAUACAGUACACAAGAUCUGCUCGGGACAGGUGGUGCUUAGCUUGGCGGUGGCUGUAAAGGAGCUGGUUGAGAAUUCAAUUGAUGCAGGUGCCACACUGGUCGAGAUUAAGCUCAAGGACCAAGGACUGCAAGGUGUAGAAGUCUCCGACAAUGGCUGCGGAGUCGAGGAGUCCAAUUUGGAGGGCAUGACUGCCAAGUAUCAUACCUCGAAGAUUCGAGAGUUUGUGGAUCUGCUGGGCGUGGAGACGUUUGGCUUUCGUGGCGAAGCUUUGAGCUCGCUUUGUGCCCUCUCUGACAUGACAAUUGUGACGCGUCACAAAUCCACGGAUGUGGCUCUCAAAAUCGAACUUGAUCACGAGGGCAAGAUCAAGAAGCGUUCGCCUUGCGCUCGCGGGGUCGGCACAACGGUUUGUUUGGGUAAUCUCUUUGCGACGCUGCCCGUGCGGCGUCGCGACUUUUCGCGCAACAUCAAAAAGGAGUUCACCAAGAUGUGCCACAUACUGCAAGCCUAUUGCCUGGUCACCAAAGGUGUGCGGCUCAUCUGCAGCAAUCAGACGCCCAAAGGUGCCAAGUCCAUUGUCCUGCAAACCCACGGUGCACAAGAUGAGCUGGCCAACAUUUCAGCGGUGUUUGGUGCCAAGCAAGUGGCGGAUUUGGUGCCGCUUAAAUCCCCCUUCGAAGCGGGUCAACUGAGUGAGGAGGGAUUGCGUGCUGAGCUACAAUCGGCGAGCGAAGCAGCUGACACAACUUGCACACAGUUUAGUGCCGAGGAUGUGGAGCGUUUGAAUCAAGCAGACUUUAAACUGGAAGGCUACAUUUCCAGCUGUCGCCAUGGCGCUGGUAGAUCCACCCGAGAUCGGCAGUUCUUCUAUGUGAAUAGUCGACCCUGUGAUCCAAAAAAUAUUGCCAAAGUAAUGAACGAUGUGUACCAUCGCUACAAUGGACAGCAACAGCCUUUCAUCUACCUCAAUAUAGUGACAUCUCGUGCGGAUGUGGACGUCAAUCUCACGCCCGACAAGCGCCAAUUGCUGCUCAACAAUGAGAAGAUUCUGCUGCUGGCGCUAAAGAAGUCGCUGCUCGACACCUUUGGCAACUUACCCUCCACAUUCCAAAUGCAAAACGUGUCCAUAGUCAGCAUGUUGGAGCCAAAAGUUAAAGUGGAGGAGGCAAAAGCGACGGCUGCAGAUUUGGAUGAGGAUGAUGUGCCUGUCAGCUCCUCGCAGCGUUUCAUGGACGUGUUGACGCAAUGGCGACGCACAGGUGACACCAGAGGAAAUGCUCCAACGGCGCCAGCUAAGCGACGCUGCGAAGAAACUGAGGAGAUCAAAACACGCGCCAUGAAAAUGCAAAAGAUUCAAGAUUUCCUUACUCAAGAAGAGUCGCCAAAAGAAGCGGAAAUAGAUGAAGAGGAAACUACGAAACAAGAGAAAAGCGAGAGCAGCCCCGACAGCAGCUUGGUCAAUUUAAAGCAGCUCGAAGAGGAGUCAAAAGCUUAUGAUGGAAUGAUUGGAGCAAAAGUGCCCCGCAUUGAUUGCAGACCAUUGACGCCUCUUAAACCGCGCCAGAUUAUGCCACAGCUAAAGCCAAGGAUUAUUCACGUGGAGAGCAAACCAGCAAAGGAAGCAGAGGAGGAAACUGAGGAAGAAACUGAACCAACCGAAGAAAAUGAUGAUGAUCACAUUGAAAUGCCAACACGCAUUGAAUACGAUGGCGAUGAUAACGAUGCAGAAAUGGAUGCUCCCUCCAACGUAGCCAGCGGCGAAAUACGCACUUCCUUGGAGCAAAUAGAAGCCAGCUUGCAGGCACAGGAGCUACAGCAGACCGAGCGCAAACGUCGCGCCAAGCUGCAGCGAUUACGCUUCAAAAGUCAAAUCAAUCCCAGCCAGAAUCAGAACGCUGAAGCGGAACUGCAGAAGGAAAUAACAAAAGCGGACUUUGCACGCAUGCAAAUCAUAGGACAAUUUAAUCUGGGUUUCAUCAUUGUGAAGCUGGAGGAUGAUCUGUUUAUUGUAGAUCAACAUGCAGCAGAUGAAAAGUAUAAUUUCGAGACGUUGCAACGCAGCACGCAGCUUGAGCAUCAACGUCUCACAGUGCCGCAAACACUUGAGCUAACGGCAGUCAAUGAGAUGGUGUUGCUGGAUCACCUGCCGGCCUUCGAAAAGAAUGGUUUCCGAUUCGAAAUCAACAGUGAAGCUCCUGCCACGAAGAAGGUGCGUUUGUUGGGCAAACCCUUCAGCAAGAACUGGGAGUUUGGCAAAGAGGACAUCGAUGAGCUGAUCUUUAUGCUGCAGGAUGCACCCGAGGGCACCAUCUGUCGUCCAUCACGCAUACGCGCCAUGUUCGCUUCACGCGCUUGUCGCAAGUCCGUCAUGAUUGGCAAGGCAUUGAAUAGAGGCACCACAAUGAGACGCCUCAUCACCCAAAUGGGCGAAAUCGAGCAGCCUUGGAAUUGCCCGCAUGGACGCCCUACCAUGCGUCAUCUAAUCAAUAUCACGAUGCUGCUGGAUGCGGAGGCGGACGACAACGAUAAUGAUGGGAAUGUCAACGAAUGUGAAACCCCGGCAGCUGUGGAGUCCACAGUCAAACAGAAGUCAUAAUAAAAGACAUUUGAU